GCAAUCAAAAACCCUAACACCGACUUUCUCAGGAUCCGGCCAAAAUUUCCCACCUCUCGACUUCGCUCGUGCGAUUGCCUCCCCCAAUCGCGCCCCCGUCUGAUUGAUGAGUCGCGGUGCAGAUCGGACUACCGCGAGAAUCGCCAUCCUCCAUAGCCAGAGAGCUCCAUUGGCAGCGAGCUCUCGCGCGGUUUGUUCAUUCGUAAGCGACCCGGGACGGUGGAGGGAAGAGGACGGAAGUGGUCGCUGUAGCAUCAGUGGCAAGACCUUCGUCCCUCACGACUUCAGCAUCGUCGACCCAGUGAUCGAUUCGGAGUAGUAUUCGUCGUGGAAGGUUGGUUGAAUUUUUGGCUGAUUGAAGUCUCAGAUAAGUCACUCGUGCCUUCCCACAGACUGUCUCUCUGUUCGACUGAUUUAUAGAUGAAUUAACUUUUGGGAAUUCUUUUUCCAUGGACUCGCCAGAUAUAAGCCAGAUCUAUGGCAGAAAAGAUAGAGAAGAUGAUAUAGAUAGGAAAAGUGACAGGGCUGGGGAUGACGCUGAAUGGGAAGGAAGUGACAGGAGGAAGCAACGGUCAAGCAAGUCCAGAAAACCUGGUAGUGGAGAUGAUGUUGACGGUUUUGAUAGCAGUGGAAGGAGGAGAAAUUCUGGAGAUAAGUAUGAAAGCCGAAAGAGAUCAACUGGUAGCGAUGAAGAUGAAUUUGACACUAGAAAAGAGUCGCGCCCAAAGCAGUUGAAGAGAAAGCAGGAGGAAAGUUCUUUGGAAAGGUUGAGUUCUUGGUACCAGGAUGGAGAAGUAGAAAAUAGGCAAGAUGGUGGAGACAAGCUGGGGAGUAAACAUGGUAGGGGUGAUGAAAGUGACAGAAGAAAACUGACCCAAAAGUCAUCUGAUCAUGAAAGUUCUCAGGGGAGAAGUAGAAGCAAACAUGAUAGGUCACAUGAGGGGGAAACAUCUGAUAAAGAUUCGAAGUACUCAGAAAGGAAAGAAAGCAGCCGUGAGAAGGGCCAUGGGUCUGUCGAGCAUGUAAAGAGCUCAAAGAAAAGGUGGGAUGAUUUGGAUGUUAAAGAAAUUACUAGCGAAAAAAACGAUGGCAGAAGUAGCAGGACAUCUGACAACAAGUAUGAGAGGGACAAGAGCAUGACAGCUAGACAUGAAUUUGGUGAUGGUAAGGGUAGGGUCACAGAUUCACUAGUUGACAAAGGUAUGAGAUCUGACCGAAAGGAUGAUCGGAGACAUGAUGGUAAAAGUAGAAGCACGUCAGAAGCCGUAGAAGAGGAUAAUAAGGCAAGUCCUGCUAAUUAUGAUGACAGAACAGGCAAGGAGAAAAAUGAAAAACACAGACAGCAGAGGACUCCUACAAAUAGGGAUGUUACUGAAAGCCGGGAUGGGUCUCGCCAUACAGAUGAAGAUGGAAGCUUUUGGUCAAGGGAGAGAAGUGCGAGAGGCCACCGUUCCAGGACCCCUGAUAUAAGUAUCAGAUAUGCUCGUGAGAGGCCUGAUAAUGAAAGGCCUCAUGGUCGGUCUGGUAAUAGGAAAGAUGGAAGUAGAGGUGAAGCUGUGAAAACUUCGUCCAAUUAUGGGAUUUCGAAUGAUAAUUAUGAUGUUAUAGAGAUUCAGACCAGACCUAUUGAUUAUGCUAGUGCUGAUGCUGGAUCUAGUUUUGCUAGAAGAUAUGAAGUUAGUCAGCUAGCCGACAAGAAAGGGCCUUCAAAUGAGGAGCAAUGGGGGCAUGCACGGGAAGAAAGGGCGAGGUCUAGUAUUUAUGGGUCUGCUCCAUCUGGUGAAGAUACAAAAGAAAGAUAUGUUCAGGAUGAUUUAUCAACGAGAGAUCAGAAUAUGUGGAGAGAUGAUGCUGACUUCCAGGGAGGGAAAGGGAGAGGACAGAAGGGCACUGUGCCUGCCCGUACUCCUGGUGGCCAGGCAUCUAGCAGUGGUUCACAGCCCCCAUUUGCUAACCAGGAGUCUGGAUCCUUUAGUAGAGGGCCUAAUCAAGGGGCAAAAGGCAAUAGACCAGGCAGGGUUGGACGUGGUAGGCCAACCGGAAGAGACAAUCAACCAGUGGCAAUCCCAAUAUCUAUGAUUGGAGCAUCUUUUGGACCACUUGGGAUGCCGCCUCCUGGGCCUAUGACUCCUGGUAUGUCACCUGCCCCAGGUCCACCUAUUUCUCCUGGUGUCUUUAUUCCACCAUUUUCUCCACCUCUAUUGUGGCCUGGAGCUCGAGGAGUUGAUGUGAAUAUGUUAGGGGUUCCAGCUGGCCUCUCUCCUGUUCCUCCGGGUCCAUCAGGCCCUAGGUUUCCUCCCCAUUUGGGGACACCACCCAAUCCUUCAAUGUACUAUAAUCAGUCAGGACCUGGAAGAAGUGGGCCUGCCAACAUACCUGGCCCUGGUUUUAAUGUUUCAGGACCAAUGGGAAGAGGAACGCCACCUGAUAAAGCUUCAGGGGGUUGGGUUCCUCCUAGAUCAGGUGGACCUUCACAAAAAGCUCCUUCAAGGGGGGAGCAAAAUGACUACUCUCAGAAUUUUGUUGACACUGGAAUGCGACCUCAGAAUUUUAUCCGGGAGCUUGAGCUCACCAAUGUUGUGGAGGAUUAUCCCAAGCUUAGGGAACUUAUACAGAAGAAGGAUGAGAUUGUGGCUAAUGCUGCUUCUCCUCCCGUGUAUUACAAGUGCGAUCUCCGUGAAUUUGAGCUUACUCCUGAGUUCUUUGGAACUAAGUUCGAUGUCAUUCUUGUGGAUCCUCCUUGGGAAGAAUAUGUUCAUCGUGCUCCUGGUGUUGCGGAUCAUACGGAAUACUGGACAUUUGAGGAAAUCCUUAAUUUGAAGAUUGAGGCAAUUGCGGAUACCCCAUCAUUUAUUUUCCUUUGGGUGGGGGAUGGACUCGGUCUCGAACAAGGCCGUCAAUGUUUGAAGAAGUGGGGAUUUCGGAGGUGUGAGGAUAUCUGUUGGGUCAAGACGAAUAAGGCUAAUGCAACUCCAGGAUUACGACAUGAUUCUCAUACAUUGUUUCAGCACUCAAAAGUGGGUUUUCUUUGUAAAUUCUUUUCUUGUUCUGCCACUUUAUUGUCUUCAUCUACUAAUAUGCUAUUACUUGUCGUUGUGAUGAAGGAACACUGCUUGAUGGGCAUUAAAGGAACAGUUCGCCGCAGUACUGACGGUCACAUAAUUCAUGCAAACAUUGAUACCGAUGUAAUAAUUGCUGAGGAACCCCCUUAUGGUACAACGCAGAAGCCUGAAGAUAUGUAUCGCAUAAUUGAGCACUUCGCUCUUGGCCGCAGGAGGCUGGAACUUUUCGGUGAAGACCAUAAUAUUCGAACUGGUUGGUUGACAGUGGGCAAGGGACUAUCCUCUUCAAACUUUAAUGCUGAGGCGUACAUUAAGAACUUUGCAGACAAGGACGGAAAGGUAUGGCAAGGUGGGGGAGGGCGAAAUCCACCCCCAGAUGCUCCUCACCUUGUGGUGACCACUCCAGAGAUAGAGGCUCUCCGUCCCAAAUCUCCGAUGAAGAAUCAACAGCAGAUGCAGCAAAACCAAUCGGUCUCGAUUUCUCUAACUGCGAGUACAUCCAACCGGAGACCCGCGGCAAAUCCACCCGAAAAUCCUGCAGCUCUUAGCAUGAGCCAAGAAGUCCCGGGCUCGAACGUCCCGGCCUCCCUUCCUUGGCCUUCCCCAAUGGAGGGCUUCAAGGGACCCGAGAGCGGGAAUGUUCCUAUGGAGGAGAAGGCUUUCGAUAUCUAUGGUUAUGGUGGGCAGUCGAAUGGGGAGUACUUAGAUUUUGAAGCUCAGAGAGCUAUGAAUAUGUUGUAAUCGAAGGUUCUUUUGCAUAAUUUGACGUAUGAUAAGAUACAAUUGAUUCUUUCCCUUCUAUGGUGCUACAAAUUGGGGUGA